UAAUCGCAAACCCCGCCCCUCUGGCCAGAAACCAGGAUUGUGCCGACUAUAGUGAGCAAGGUACCCCCUCCUUCCUCUCCCCUCCCUUCUCCCCUGUCCCCCUUCACGGCUGGCUGCAGCUGGCCGAGGAGGCCCUGAUUAAGGAGGAGGGGACAGUGCUCACAAGUCUAGGCAGGUAAGUGAAUGUCCCUGGAGGCAGAGCUUGGCUUGGGGACCCUGGCUACCUGGCUCCCUGCUCUUCUGGGACCCAGAAGUUGGGGCCCCCAAACCCAAGAGUCCAGGACCGCUGCCCCCUCCCCCAACUCCUGGACCCCAGGAUACAGGCCUCUGGUUUUACCUCUUCUAUAAUCUUUGAUUCUGUGGCUGAAUGUGGCAAUGGGCACAGAGAGGUGGAUAUACAUGGAAAUUACCAGGAAGAAGGAAUCCCUAUCAAUGGACAUGUUUAUGAGCUCUUACUUUGUGCCAAAACCCAUGCUGGGGGCUGCAGACACAGCAGAAAAAAAGAUAAACUCCUGGCUCUGGUUUCUGGAGGGACACUGCCUUUGCUGAAAUCCUGCCUCUGAAUCUUGCAAACUGUAUGAACUUGGGCAAGUUCUUUUACUUCUCUGUGCCUCAGUUUCCUCCUGUAUCAAAUGGAGAUAAUAAUAGCACUGUGGUGAAAAUGAAACUGAGUUGAUAAAGGUAAAUGACCUUGAACAGUGCCUGGUCCAGGAUACAGGCCACUGUCCACAAAAUAUGAGGAGCCACCCCUCUGUGCUGCUGCUGUACCUGGGAUUGACCACCUGCCUGGACACCUCACCCAGUGGGGAGCAAGACCAAGAAGUCUUCCUGGACUCCCCAGAGGCCCAGAGCUUCCUGGGCAGCCGUAGGCGGAUUCCACGAGCCAACCACUGGGACCUGGAGCUGUUCACGCCAGGGAACCUGGAACGGGAGUGUCAAGAGGAGAGGUGUUCCUGGGAAGAGGCACGGGAGUACUUUGAGGACAAUACUCUGACGGAGCGCUUUUGGGAGAACUACAUCUACAAUGGCAAAGGAGGACGUGGACGAGUGGACGUAGCAAGCAUGGCUGUGGGACUGACAGUGGGCAUCCUGCUCAUGGUCCUGGCCAGCCUGGGAGCCUUUUGGUAUCUGCAUUGCCGUCAGGACCGAGGCCAGCAGCCCUGUCCUCAAGAGGCCGAGCUCAUCAGCCCCCUGAGCUCUCUGAGCCCGCCGACGCCCCUGCCUCUACCUCCACCCCCACCCCCGGGCCUCCCCACCUACGAGCAGGCGCUGUUGGCCCCUGGGGUGCACGACGCACCACCGCCUCCCUACGCCAGCCUCAGGAGGCCGCGCUGAAGAGCUGUUUCGGAGCCGGGGUUCUCCGCACCGUGCCCCAGAUUCACACCGGAUUCCGGAAACCCCCAGGCCUCUUGAACUCCGGAGCUGAGCUUGGAGGGGUGAUGGCAGUAG